AUGAUGGCAUCAAUAGGGGAAUUCGACCCUCUCAACACCAGAGUCCCCGCAACUAAGAUAGAAGUUACCGUGUCGUGCCGGAACCUGCUGGAUGUGGACACAUUCUCCAAGUCAGAUCCUGUGGUCGUGUUGUAUUUGCAGGCGGUGGGAACCAAAGAAUGGAGGGAGUUUGGCAGGACAGAGGUCAUCGACAACACGAGGAAUCCAGAUUUCGUCAGGAAGUUUGUCCUGGAUUUCUUCUUUGAGGAGAAACAAAACCUGAGGUUUGAUGUGUACAACGUGGACUCCAGAAGCUGUAACAUUUCCAAACACAAGGACUUUCUGGGCCAGACCUUCUGUACCCUCGGAGAAAUCAUCGGCUCCACAGGGGGUCGGCUGGAGAAGACCCUCUCUGGGAUCCCUGGGAAGAAGUGUGGAGUCAUUAUCUUCACUGCAGAGGAGCUCAGUAACUGCAGGGAUAUCGCUACCAUGCAGUUGUGUGCCAACAAGCUUGACAAGAAAGACUUUUUUGGCAAGUCGGACCCCUUCUUGGUUUUCUAUCGGAGUAAUGAGGACGGAACGUUCACCAUCUGCCACAAGACAGAGGUGAUCAAGAACACACUGAACCCCGUGUGGCAGCCCUUCACCAUCCCUGUUAGAGCUCUCUGCAACGGCGACUAUGACAGGACUGUGAAGGUAGAUGUCUAUGACUGGGAUCGAGAUGGAAGCCAUGACUUCAUUGGCGAGUUCACCACCAGCUACAGAGAGCUGUCUCGGGGGCAGAACCAGUUCAAUGUCUAUGAGGUUUUAAAUCCCAAGAAGAAAGGCAAAAAGAAGAAAUACAUCAAUUCUGGCACUGUAACUCUGCUGUCCUUCAAAGUGGAGUCCGAGUAUACCUUUGUGGAUUUCAUCCGAGGAGGAACACAACUGAACUUCACAGUGGCUAUAGACUUCACCGCAUCCAAUGGUAACCCGUCCCAGCCCACAUCCCUCCACUAUAUGAGUCCCUACCAGAUGAAUGCAUAUGCCAUGGCCCUGAAAGCAGUGGGUGAGAUUAUCCAGGACUACGACAGCGACAAGCUAUUUCCUGCCUAUGGCUUCGGGGCUAAGCUGCCCCCCGAUGGCAAAAUCUCCCACGCCUUCCCACUGGGCGGGGAAGACGAGAGUCCGAACUGUGUGGGCAUAGAGGGGGUCCUGGAGGCUUACUUCCAGAGCCUGAGGACGGUGCAGCUGUACGGACCCACCAACUUUGCACCUGUCAUCAACAAAGUGGCAAACUGCGCGGCAGAGAUUACAGAUGGCUCGCAGUACUUUGUCCUGCUGAUGAUCACAGAUGGAGUGAUAUCUGACAUGGUCCAGACCAAAGAGGCUGUGGUCAAUGCCGCAUCACUCCCCCUUUCCAUAAUUAUCGUGGGUGUUGGACCAGCUGAGUUUGAUGCCAUGGAGGAGCUGGAUGGAGACGAGGUGAGGGUGUCCUCCAGAGGACGCCUUGCUGAGAGAGACAUUGUGCAGUUUGUUCCGUUCAGAGACUACAUCGACAGAUCUGGCAACCAGGUCCUCAGCAUGGCCCGGCUGGCCAAAGACGUCCUCGCCGAGAUCCCCGACCAGCUGCUGUCUUUCAUGAAGAGCCGAGGAAUUGAGCCGCGACCGGCCCUCUCCACCUCGCCGCUGCCGGAGCUGCACAGGCAUAUCUGACCCCCGACACAGCUCGUCUCUGCCUCUCCACCCUGGCCCUCCACCCCCCCCCCAACCCACCAACCCCCCCAGUCCCCCCCCCCCCCCCUUGCUUAUCUGCAAUCACCUCCCACACAGUUAUUUGUCACUUUAAAAGAGCAGGGGGGAUCGACCCGUAACUCGCCCUCUUCCUGUCUUAUCGCCGCUGAAGCUAAACAGGCACAUCACACUGACGCAGCGGGCGCUCAUCCCUGACUCACCUGCUGCUGCUGCUGCACCUCAUCUCUUCCUCGCUAACUCACCCUGAUAUAGAGCAUUGCUUUUCAUGUGCUGUCUCACAGAAGAGUGAGACUGAAGCAUGACUGUCCCUCUCCUCGCCGCCGACUAGAGUUCUUGCACAAAGACUCUUUUCAUUUGCCCUUGUCCUCGGCAGGUGUUGACACCAGUCACAUCUGGCACGAGUCCCAGAAAGCGUAAGACACUAACUUUAAUUGAGAGCGAGUCUCCAAAUUAAAGCAGAGCCCUCGACGAGCAAUCCCCGCCAGCUUGUGUCAGGUGCAUUUGGGGGAUUUCUGUGUUUGUGGUUUAUAUGCUACGCUGUCGUCACUAUCAUCAGACUGCGUCAGAUCUCUCGAAACGGAAAUGGAGGCUUCCAAACAAUUAACCCGAUUGGGGAGUUCUGAAACUGUGAGGCGCGGCGCCCCAGGAGGUGCAGGAGAGUUGAAGGCAAAGACGCUGCCUGAGGUGAAAGGGGCAGGUGCAUGCUGCCGCUCUGUAAGCAACAAAAGUUAGUUAUUGUAGUUGUGAGGCAGUUAGUAGUUGGAGCAGCAGCAGCUGUGAUGUGCAGCUCAUACAGGCAAUUCAGGUGCUUUAAAAACUGUACUUUAAGAUAAUUAAGGUACUCUCAAACCCUUCGCGCCUGAUUGUCGCAGCUCGCUUCACACUCUUUCUUCUCUGAGUCAUAACUCAGUCGAACCACGGCACACAGUUGUGAUGCACAUAUUUAUAGAUUCAGCGUGACUUACACUUUCCGCGGACGGACACCAUCAUCCCAGAUGUUCACACCGAGCAUUAAUGUCUUCAAACCCACGCCAGAAAUCGUAGUACAAAAAGACGCUCUUGCGGCUGCAGACCUGACGUGCAGGAUCAUCAGCGUUUUUUUUUAGGUUUUUCUUCGGUAUCAAAGUGACCUGGUGAUAGGCGUGGUGUCGCAAGUUCAAUCCAAAACUAGAACACUGAUUGAAGUGAGCUUUCAGUUUUUUGAUCACUGAAAUCAAAUGCCGGAUCAGUGAUUCUGCCAACAUAUUUUCUUCUCUCCACCCAGCCUAAUCACACACACCCAACGAAGAAAAAAAAAAAAAAGACAACACUUCAAAGACGACACAGCUAGCUGACCGGUAGCCCGCAGCUACACUUCCAGACACUGCGUGCACAAAGAUGAUCAAUUGACUGGCACCAGAGAAGACUCUGACAGCAUCACAUAUAUUGGGUUCAUCUUCUUCCUCAGAGAUACGUUAUUGAUUUAUCUGGGAGCAGGGUCUGCCUGGGACAGAUUCAGGAAGCCAAACUUUAAAGCAAACUACAUUUAUGUCCUCUUGUUGAAAAGUUGUCGGAAAAUUCGACUGUACGAAUGUAAAUGACGUUUGUCGGGGCAUAAAACGAAUGAUCUCUUGACAAAUCUAGAUAACAGUAACAUUUUAUCACUUAAUGGCAUCUAUGUAUUGUGCUGCAGUGAUAUCUCCUGAAAUCAGCAUGCUAACCAGCUAGCCCCAGUGCUCCAUGGGAGCCUAAAAGAUAAGGAAGGGUCAUUAUAUUACUGAAUCUGGCUUUGGGGCCACUGUGGGAUUGUAGUGCUGGUUUCAUUGAAGUCAAUGGGAAACAGAUGAGGAAACUCACUAAAACCUGACAAAUCUACACCGUCCGACUUUUAGCGAAGAAAUGCCCCCAGAAAAUGAAAGACCACACUUCCCUGAUGAUUGACAGGGCUGAUGAUAUUGUGAUCGGGCCAGGUCUGACUGAUCUCAGCUGUUAUUCUGAUGAUAUGCUACCCCCCUAUUUGUUUCGAGCAUGAAUUUGUCAGGAGCAUUGCACCUUUAAACUCAAAAGUUAAAUCGAGUAGUGGAUUUGGAGAGUCGUCAGCGAUAGACUGUAAACCAGACCCGCCGAGCUAAUAGCUAAGUCGUACUUCGGGGCGCCAGUUUGUCAGAAUGUAAAACAAAUAUUGGCAAAACAAGCAGGGCUCAGUCUGUAGCCCAUGGCAGCGUUACACUUCUGGUUUACAGCCUCCAAAUUGUGUGGACUGUCGUUCCAAAAAUUAGCGCAUGGUUACUUUUAUUAUGAAAACCUCUGAUUUAAUGCAGCAGGAUGAAUACGUAAUGGGAGGAGCGCUCACAGAGACGCCACACAUAGAGCAGCAGACAGGUGUCGGCAGGUCUAUCAUUUGUGGUUCCGGUCGCCGACCUUCACACAGACACAUAUACUUAAACAAACAAACACACACACACACACACACACACACACCCCUCUCUCUGCCACGACACACCCACCCCACCAUUUGCCCAGCGUGGGCCGAGGCUGGGUGCAGAUUCCCCCCCUGCUGUUAGAGAAAUGCCAGUCUCUCCGGCUGCCCUGCGGAGAGGAGGAGGGAGGAAGGAAGGAAGGAAGGGAAGACGAGACGGGGGAGGAGGGGAAGAAUGCAGAGGUGGGGGGCUGCGAGCGAUGGAAAAAGACAAAACAUGAAAGAGAAGGCCAUGAGAGAGGGGAGCGAAGAGACAGACGGGCGAGGAGGAAUGGAAGAGGGGAGGAUCCGGAGGUUUGUUUUAUUUUGGAAAAAAAAAAAAAAAAAAAAUGCAUGGAGAAGAAAACUUUAUUUAGAUUGAGUUAUGCAUAUUUUGGGAGAGAAAUCUCAAUAAAUGAUAAACGCACAUUCUCUGAAAAGCAAUACACCUGACUCCCAGUGUAGUGUCUCAGUGUCCCUCCCCCUCCCCUGCCAUGACUUGACAUUUUGUUCCCAGGCAGACUGGAGCUGUGUGCAACGUGGGCGCAAGCUGCCACCUAGUGUUCAUCAUUUAUAUAGCAGGGUUAAUCUUUAUUAUGCAUGACUGCUGUACACUCCUAUACACAGUGCAGACGCAUGACCUGAUGCAACCGUCCUUACUACCAUAGCUGACUGCAAGCGAAGUGAAGUCAGGCACCCGGAGAGUUCUGACGGCGUGUCGAUCCUAAAGAACUGACAGUCUGCAGCACGUUCGUGUGUGAAACGUGACUUUUAUCGAGGACGUUUUUUUUUUUUGUUUUUUUUUUUCUCGUGUCAGUGUGAUGAUGGUGGCUUAGAGGGGUGUUUCUGCUGUUUCAUGUGUCGUGCAGGUAUAAUCAUUUUGUUUUUUAUUAUCAACUCGUACGCUAAUUACUUUAACCGUCAAGAUUGUGCAUGUUGAGGAAUAAAUAAGUGUUCAAGUGGUCUUUGUCAUUGCAACUGCUUAAAAAAAAACAAAACAAAAAAACAAAAACAGAGAGACAUAUAUCUCAAAGUAAUAUGCAUUUUUUUUCUUGUGUCACUGUACAUUUUCAUUUGUAGAUUUCAGAACUUGCUGUGUGCAGUGUCUUGCAGAGACGUGGAAUAUUCAGUAAGUGAAAUUCCCCACGGAGAGACAAGUAUUUUUGAUAUUUUGCAACGAUGUGGCCUCCUCCCAGGGUCAUAAAAGGAGGCAUGGAAGGCCUCUGCAAGACACCAGUGGCAUUAAAAAAAAAAGUAUUCUGAGGAAACUUGUGGCGUGAUUUUUGUACAACAAGAGAUUUUUUUUUUUGGUCUGUCUCUUGUCAGUUUCCUACAGCUGUAUUAAAGGUGCAGUGUGCAGGAAUUCAAAUGAAAAUGUCAUGUUCAACCGAACAUGAAGAGAUAACGGUUUUGGUGUGAUUCAAAGAUGCCUGUGUGCGGAGUUCCAGAGGUAUCUACUGCAGUUAGCAUGCUAACAGGCUAGCUCCCAGCCGGUUUGUAAAAAAAAAGAAAAAAAAGAAAAUGCCAACAGUCCCCAUGAUGCCCUGAGCUCGCAGUCCGGCACAGUCGGCUAAUGCGACUGCUAACUACAUGGUAAACUGAGCUGACUGGCUAACGGCAGCUACACGUAGCAGCAGUGAAGCGGCCAUGUUUGGAGUUCAGAGUUGUAAAAUUCAACAGGUGGGGAAUUCUUGCAUACUGCACCUUUAACAAACUGUACGUAUAUUCAUGGUGUUUAAAAAUAAGGCUGGAUAAGGAGUCAUUGUACAGUACCUGAUGACUUAUGUUACCCACUUGUUUGCUUACAGUAGAGCUACGAAAGCCUUUUACAUCUAUGUCACUUAUAAUAAAUCUAUCUAUCGUCUGUUGACGUUUUUAUGAAUGUCCAAAUAAGAAGAAUGUAGAAGUCUGAACUAGAAACUGUUUUGACAAAUCUGUUGUCGUGUUUUGAUAUAAGCUUUGACUACGUUUGUGUUUACUCAUAUCUCCUGAAGUUGUCCAACUGCAUUACAGUGAAACAUAAAAGCGGCACAAUCUGA